AGGCUCUCUAUUUAUCUCUCUUUCCUUUUUCUCUUCACUUUCUUUUCCCUCUUUUACAGCUCCCAUCAUCCACUUUUCAACUCCUCUCUCCCCUCUUUGUUUCUUGCAUUAACAUAAUAGCCAUAGAGCACUAAUAAUCAGUGUUCAAUCCUCUCCAACUUACCGACUAUGGAGUCUAAUACCAGCAACAGCAACUUCAAUGUUGCUCUUAAUGAUCCGUCGCCAGGGCACCAUCACAUCCAUCAUAGUGCAUUGGAUAAUAUGUUGAAUGAGGAACUGGUUGAUGCACAAGAUGCAGCCAUUGCUCGUGCAGAGGAAGCAGAGGUAGCAGCAGCAACAAUAACAGGUCAACAACAAAAUCAACAGGGAGAUGGAUCAUAUUUUGUUCCAAAAGGAAUCCAAAGUGAAUAUGAUGGCGAAGCAGUUUCAAGAUCGGUUUUGAGGCCACCUCUGCAUUCAGCCCCACCUUCGUAUGAAGAAGGAAUUGGACAUCGAUUGAGAUGUCAUGCAAAGCUGAUGCGUCAUCGAGACCGAGAUACAAAGGUCACGAAUGUGGAGCUGUUCUUUGACCUGGUCUUUGUCUAUGCCAUCAGCUCCAUCUCUCAUACUAUGGAAGAGGAUCUCAGGUGGGAAGUGAUACUCGAAAUGUUACUUGUCACAUUAGCUGUCUGGUGGGCUUGGGUAUUCAGUGCAUGGGCAUUCAACUGGUUCAAUCCAGAUUCAUAUCUGGUUCGAUUAUUGUUAUUAGCAUUGAUGUUGAUCAGCUUGGUCAUGUCUGCAGUUAUCUCGGAUGCCUUCCACGACCAUAGUCUUCUCUUUGCUGGGAUGUAUGUGUUGAUCCAAGUAGGGCGGAACGUUGCUGCAGUCAUUGCACUUCAUAAGCACAAACUCCAAUGCAAUUUCCUUCGACUGAUGGCAUGGUUCACAUUUACGGGAGUGCUAUGGAUUGUGGGUGGUGCCUUUGGAGGCGUUGCAAGGAAUGUCUUGUGGACCAUCGCUAUUGUGCUUGAAUAUAUCUCUCCAGCUUUGGGUUUCUAUACUCCAGGCCUUGGCAAGUCUAAAUCCACUGACUGGGAUAUUCAUGGAGGACAUCUCGCUGAGCGUUGCUCUCUUUUCAUCAUUAUUGCUCUGGGUGAGUCGAUUGUAGUCAGUGGCGACACCUUCAAAGAAGUGAUUUUCACAACUACAGGUUGUGCCAUGUUUUUCGUGUCAUUUUCUGGAGCAGCAGCAAUGUGGUGGAUCUACUUUCAUACUGCCUGGAACGAAGCCAUCGAAUACGUGGAGCAAUCAGACGAUCCUGGCAAGAUGGGUCGCCUUGCUUAUACAUAUAUUCAUGUGAUAAUGGUGGUUGGUAUCGUCUGGUGUGCUGUUGCGGACCGACUCAGCAUGAUGCACCCACACAUGGUACCUCACCAUGAAGGACACGAAAUUGAUGUGGCCAUCAUGAUUGGAGGCCCUGCCUUAUUUGUGUUGGGCCAUGCUUUAUUCCGAAGGACAUUCAGCUCAAGGUUACCAAAGGCUCAUCUAGUGACCAUUAUAGCUUUCCUCUGUGCUACACCCAUUGGCCUCUUCUUGCCUCUCUGGGCUACAGCGCUCACGACUACAGCACUGCUGUUAUGUUUGGGUUUCUAUGAGUCGUAUUUUAGAUGUCAUAUCCUUCCUGGACUGCAUCGUCAUCAUUCAGAGACUUAAAUAG